AAUAAUAGAAAUAGCAUGCAAUGAAGCCAAACUGUAUAAGAAGUAUGGAUUGGAUGGUGUGAUGAUUGAAAACAUGCAUGAUGUUCCUUACUUGAAAGGAUCUGUAGGUCCUGAAAUAAUUGCUAGUAUGACAACAAUAUGUACAGAAGUUAAACGAGAGAUUAGAAACAUACCAUUGGGAGUACAAAUCUUAUCAGCUGCUAAUCAUGAAGCAUUAGCUGUGGCACACUCUACUGGUGCUCAAUUUAUUCGAGUUGAAGGAUUUGUCUUCUCUCAUAUAGCAGAUGAGGGAUGGAUAGAUUCAUGUGCUGGUAAACUACUACGCUACAGAAGAAAUAUUGGUGCUGAGAAAGUACUUCUGUGGUCUGACAUCAAAAAGAAACAUUGCUCUCAUGCUGUCACUUCUGACUUGUCAUUACAAGAACAAACUAAGGCUGCAGAAUUUUUUCACAGUGAUGGCAUCAUUAUUACUGGUACAAGUACAGGAGAACCCAUUCAUUUAGAUGAUCUAACAGCUGCUAAGGAAUCUGUCUCUCUUCCAGUAAUAAUUGGUUCAGGUGUUAAUGGAGAUAAUGUUCACUUAUAUAAGAAUGCAGAUGGACUGAUAAUAGGCUCCCAUUUCAAGACAAAUGGUAAAUGGUAUCAUGACAUUGAUGAGAAAAGAGUUGCCAAGUUUAUGAAUUUGAUAACCAGAGUACCAG